AUGUGUGCCGUGGAGCAAAAGGAUGAGAAAGGCGCUGGCUACAAUGGAUGGACGAGCGGAAGGCAGAACGCACAGAGCCUGGACCUGAACCGCAACUUCCCCGACCUGACCUCCGAGUUCUAUCGCCUGGUCUCGUCCCGCGGGGCGCGCACGGACCACAUCCCCAUCCCACAGCACUACUGGUGGGGUAAGGUGGCCCCCGAGACGAAGGCAGUCAUGAAGUGGAUGAGGACCGCUCCCUUCGUGCUCUCAGCCAGCCUCCACGGGGGCGACUUGGUGGUGUCGUACCCCUUCGACUUCUCCCAGGACCCCCAUGAGGAGAAGAUGUUUUCUCCCACGCCUGACGAGAAGGUGAGGGGUGGGUGCCACGGUGGGAUGGGCUUUGGUGGGUGCAGGGGACUGGUGGUGUGGGUGGUACGCUUGGGGCUGGCCCGUAUCAGUCCUGUUCUGAGCCCGCAGAGUCACUGAACCAUGAAGAGCCUUCCAGGCCCAGCUCCAAAGCCCCCUCUUCCAGGAAGCCUUCCAGCCCAGCUGGAAGCAGCCCCUCCCUCCUCUGGCCGCACCCCACCUUUCCUCAGUGUUCCCUGUCUGGGAGCC